CACCAGGGGGGCUCCCCCACCGACGCCCCGCCCGAUGGAGAGGGGAGGGGGGGACGCAGGCGACCUCCCCGCGUCGGCGGCUCCGCGCGACCACUCGCGCCUCCCGCCUCCAGCCGCCAGCGCCGCCUCCCGCCUCCAGCCGCCAGCCCGCAGGCCGCCGUCAGCGCGAAUCCGCGUCCCGAGACCCGGAGCCAUGGCGUGCAGUGCGGCAGUGCUUAGUGCCGUAGUUCUCCUAGCCGCCGCCAGCAGCGCUGUCGCAGCCAGGCCCCACAUCAUCAUGAUACUGGCUGACGACUUGGGCUGGAAUGACGUGGGCUUCCACGGCGCCGGCCAGAUCGCCACGCCCAACAUCGAUGCUCUCGCCUACAACGGCGUGAUCCUGGACAGCCACUACACGCCGGCGCUGUGCACGCCUUCUCGCGCCGCGCUCAUGACCGGCAAGUACCCCACCCACACAGGCAUGCAGCACAUUGUGAUCCUGGCCCCGGAGCCCUGGGGACUGCCCCUGUCGGAGAAGCUGCUGCCAGAGCACCUCAGGGAGGCCGGCUACAGCACGCACGCCGUCGGCAAGUGGCACCUGGGCUUCUUCAAGAAGGAGUACACGCCCACGCACCGCGGCUUCGACUCCCACUUCGGCUACUGGAACGGCUACCAGGACUACUACGACCACACCAUGGCCGACACCACGAUGCGGUUCGCCGGGCUGGACAUGCGGCGCAACAUGAGCGCCGACUGGGGGUCGACGGGCCGCUACGCCACGGACCUGUACGCCGACGAGGCGGCGCGGCUGAUCCGCGACCACGACCCGCGGCGGCCCUUGUUCCUGUACCUGGCGCACCUGGCGCCGCACACGGGCAACCCGCGCCGGCCCUUCCAGGCGCCCGACGACGAGGUGGCCCGCUUCGCGCACGUCGCCGACCCGGAGCGCCGCCUGUACGCAGCGAUGGUGUCGCGGCUGGACAAGAGCGUGGGCCAGGUGGUGGCGGCCCUCAGGAGCAAGGGCAUGCUGGAGAACUCGGUGGUGGUGUUCAUGUCCGACAACGGAGCGCCCACCUUCGGCAUACACUCGAACCGCGGCUCCAACUGGCCGCUGCGCGGGAUGAAGGAGACCCCCUGGGAGGGCGGAGUGCGCACCGCCGCCGCCAUCUGGAGCCCCUUGCUCGCCAGGACGCAGCGGGUGUCCCGUCAGCUGAUGCACAUGUGCGACUGGCUGCCCACGCUCUACUCCGCGGCAGGCCUGGACGUGGCGAACCUCGGCCACAUCGACGGCGUGGACAUGUGGAAGGCCCUGUCCGAGGACCUGCCCUCGCGUCGCACGGAGAUCGUCCACAACAUCGACGACAUCGAGGGCUACGCGGCGAUUCGGCGCGGCGACUGGAAGUACAUCGCAGGAACGUCCCAGAACGGACAGGCGGACGGUUGGUACGGAGAGACUGGGAGGGAGGGUCCCGAGUAUGACGUCACGGAGGUGCUGACCUCCAAAACGGCCACGUCGCUGGCAGGAGUCAUCACGGAGCUACAGAUCAGGCAGAAGAAUGCCACUAAGACUGGGGUGACCGAGGACCAUGGAUCGGAAUCAACAGACGACGCUGCGCGGCGCCAGUGGCGGGUGCUGACGCGGUCCACGCUGCUCGAACUGAGGAAGCAGGCCGAGGUGACGUGCUGGAAGCCGGUGAACAAGACGACGGCCUGCGACCCUCUGCUGGCGCCGUGUCUCUUCAACAUCCGGGAGGACCCGUGCGAGACCAACGACCUGUCCCAGCAGGAGCCCUUGGUGCGGCAGGAACUCGAAGCGACGCUGGAGAAGUACCGCCGCAGCACGGUGCAGCCUCUCAACACGCCCGGAGAGGCGCGGGCAGACCCGGCGCUGUGGGACCACGCCUGGUCCCCCUGGCGCGACGACCCGCCCCCGGCGCCCCGCCAGUCCCAGGCGCUGCUGCUGGCGCUGGUGCUGCUCCUGGUGGCCGCCGCGGGCGCCGGCCUGCUCACCGCCCAGACGCCCCUCCGCUGCUACAAGGGCGCGCUGCAGCAGCUGCUGGCGUGGACCGCCGAGCAGCGGGGCGCCAGCGGCGAGCAGCGAGCCAGGGCCAAGCUCCAGUAGCCGUGUUGGCCCUCGUUGUGAACUGUCACGCACUCAGUCCAGCACCGACCUGCUCGCUGUACCACCAGGGCGUCAGUGACAAGUGGAUCACUGCGAGGAGCAAGCCAGGGCCAAACUCCAGUAGCCACCGACCUCAUUGUGAACUGUCAUGCAAUUAGUCCAGCACCGACCUGCUCGCUCUAACACCAGGGCGUCAGUGACAAGAAGUAGGUGACAAGUGGAUAACUGCGAGGAUCAAGCCAAGGCCAAACUACAGUAGGCAGCAAUGCCAUGUUGUCCCCAACACCGACCUCAUUGUGAACUGUCAUACACUUAGUCCAGCCAGACCUGCUCGCUGUAACACCAGGGCGUCAGUGACAAGAAGUAGGUGACAAGUGGAUCACUGCGAGGAUCAAGCCAAGGCCAAACUACAGUAGGCAGCAAUGCCAUGUUGUCCCCAACACCGACCUCAUUGUGAACUGUCAUGCACUUAGUCCAGCACCGACCUGCUCGCUGUAACACCAGGGCGUCAGUGACAAGAAGUAGGUGACAAGUGGAUAACUGCGAGGAUCAAGCCAAGGCCAAACUACAGUAGGCAGCAAUGCCAUGUUGUCCCCAACACCGACCUCAUUGUGAACUGUCAUACACUUAGUCCAGCCAGACCUGCUCGCUGUAACACCAGGGCGUCAGUGACAAGAAGUAGGUGACAAGUGGAUCACUGCGAGGAUCAAGCCAAGGCCAAACUACAGUAGGCAGCAAUGCCAUGUUGUCCCCAACACCUACCUCAUUGUGAACUGUCAUGCACUUAGUCCAGCAUCGUGGAUCCUCCAACAUCAACCAGCUCCAACAAGGAGUGGCGGAGAGGUGGUAGCAGUGGGCAACUUCGAUGGCGGCGAUCAAAACAAAGCGUCACUAACGAACAACGGUCACAGUAAGCGCAAAACACUGCGAGGAGAAAGCCAGCACUGCCACCCUGUUCAUUAAGUCAAGAGAUGGGAUGAUUUAACGAAUUUGAAGUCACCCUCUAACCCACCAUCUUAGUUUUGCAUCACCUAAAGCAUAGCUGAUAUGGCCUUUGACGACGUCAGAUAAUAGUUAAUAAGUAUGAAGCAUAGAACACAGUCACUGUCAUAAAAUAUGGUCAUUUAACAUGCUUCCACAAUGGACUUCAAAUGUUUUGGGUGACUUGACAACACCAAUCAUCCAGCGCCAACCUGUAUGCUGGAUCACCAGGGCAUAAGGAAUCGUGGGGAAGUAACCGUUGUCGAUCUAUCAUCAGCGUGUUGUUCUGUUAACAGUCUUUGUGAUCAAUAUCACAUGGUUUUCAAUUUUCGUAAACAAACAUCAUGUGAUAUAAUGAUGAUAGUUGUGAAAUGAGUACCGAAGGUACUAAUUUUUGAGAAUUUCAAAUUUGAGAUAAGUUAUUGAGACAUAUUAUAUUUUUGUAAUCACAACACUAAACGCUGCGACGGUGACAUGAGUAGACCAAGCUAAAGUAGGAAGCUAUGGUGUUGUGUUCCUAACAGUUGUGUUUUUUUUCUUAUUCAAUUUGUAAUGUGCUUCCAUUUUGGUUAUGUAAUCAAAACUGGAGCCUACGUCCAUGAAAUUGUGAGUCAUAAACCUCUAUUAAUAACAACCAAUAUAGGAACAACUGUAACUUUCUCGAUUUUAAAUUGCUUAUCCUAAAAAUUAGCUGUUAUAUGUCCUAAAAAUUAGCUCUUAAUUUUAGGGUUUUAUAGACUAUUGAAGAAACUCUUAUGUUUACCUUUUUUAUUGGUACGUUUUUUGAGACAAAUGUGAGAUUAGUGUAGAUUGGCAUAAAGCGUUUCAAUGUAAAAUUUUUUUUUAAAUAAAAAUAUUGCUAAGGUUUAGCAAAAACCAUAAUUCCGCGCCAAAGAUUUUUAUGUUAAGUGCACUGGAACACUGUGACGUGUCCCCGAAGGAGCCCGGGCGCCAUUGUGAUGGUGACGUCAUCCCCGACUGGUCUAUGCAGGGUUCUGGAGUACACCUUAUAUUCGCAAACAGUAGUGUCUUUUUACAUUUGCUACGCUAUAUGGGUGCGUGGGGUGAAUGGGCGUGAUGGAUGAACAGAUGGUUAAAACUUUUUUAUAAAUUUUUAAUUUGCUUGAUAUACGCUGCAGAGCAGUUGCAAACGAAUAAAUGUGUGUAUUAGUUCUAAGACAUUUAGGUAAAAAUAAAUUAAACACUUUCUUUGCAUCCAAAAACAUAUUUUUUUUUUCCUUUCGGGAUACUAGUAUAAAUAAAUAUUGGAAAAUGUUUUUAACACCCAUUUGCUCACUAUUUUUAGCACGUGUUCUAUAUGAGUUACAGAGACACCAGCCAAUCUCUCUACACAGCUGGGCGGUAAUCAGCGUUUAAUAAAAUAAAUAUAAUAAUAAGUAAAUUAGAGUACAAAAACAAGUUGGUAUUAACUUUAUUUGUUUCCAUAUAAAAUUAAAUGUCGGUAUUAAGUUCAAAAACAUGGAACCCAUUUUUCUCUACUCACCAAAUUUUUAAUAAACAAUCUUUGAAAUAUAAAUGUAAUAUUUUGCAACAAUUCAUAGAUAUUGUUUUGCAGUGUAUUGUAACAAAAUAGUGUAUUUUUAUGUAAAAUAUUCUGUAAAAUUAUUACGCACUUAGUUUUCUUUGUAGUAAUGGAGUAAUGGGCGAUGAACUAUAUAUAUAUAUAUAUAUAUAUAUAUAUAUAUAUAUAUAUAUAUAACUUGUAUAUUGUGCCCUUUAUCAUAUACUACUGUUUCUUAGUAACUGUAUGUAUAAUUAUUCAGUAUAAACGCAAAGUAUAUAGUUGUAUCUGUGUACAUAGUGUGUAUGUGUGUAAAAAUAUUUUAUAAAUUUUAUUACCGAAAUAAUAAAAUUUUUCCUUUCCUUCUUACCAAACUUUCCUACUAACAAUGUAAUGCAAGAGUUUUAUAAUUAGUGUAAACCUUCUAAAUGUAAUGUGAUCCUAAACCGUACCGAAAAAGGAAAAAAAAAAAUUAUGGUCAAAUAAGUCCAUGUUAGAUGAAACGUCAGCUUUUGUGUAAAAAUUAAUUUGUUUCCCUAACCUAAUUUGUUGUAUUUAUGAAAAGAACACAUUAUAUUUAUUUUGAAUAGGAAAUUCGAAUGCGACCAAUUGAAAAUAAGUGUAGUAUUUCGGAUAAGAAAUAUCUUACCCUUAAAAGGAAUUAAGGUCGUUAUUAUUUUAAAAUUUUAUUUCUUUAUUUACAUAAAAAUACACCUAAAGACUUAAAGCUAUUAACAAGCUGAUUGUUGAACACGACAGUCAUCUGUACAUUUUAUGUACAAACAGAGAUACACGUUACUCGUACAGUAUUGUUAAGGUGUCUCGAAAUACAUGUGCAGACACUUAUAAGAUAAGCAAAUAAUGUACAUAACUGCAACAUCAGUUCUUCUUAUACACUUUAUGUACACCAUUCUUUGUCAAAUUGACUGUUGAUAAGCUUGUAACAUCACAGAAUAGAAAGGGUUAGUCGGGACGAUGUUCCAAAGACAUAACCAAGCGCUACUUGUAGACAUUUAUUCGAUAACUGAGCAUUCUGUCUAUUACCCUAUUAUGCUUUGGUUACAGGAAAAACUACAAACAUGUAAAUUCCCUAACUAUGUCGAUUGUAAAAUGACCCUGUACAACAGUUUUCUAAAAUAUAUUCUGGUUGUUCACAAAUAAAAAAAAAAUGACGAAAUGCAAAUUUUUCUACGUUCAACUGUAUUUUUAAAAGUAAAAAAAAAAAUAGUUUUUAUUUAAAAGAAAAUAGCUCUUCUACAAGUUGGAGGUAGCCUUAGUAUUCCGUAAAAGUUAAAUAUACGUAAAAUGACUAGACAUUAUUUUGUCUGUUUGCUAAUAAUACAGAAAAUUUUUCCUACAUAGUAUAUUUGCAUAUCAUAUGAGUUACAAGAUAGACCAUAAAAUCCGGGUAACUUUCCCAUAAUGAGUUUAUUAUACCUAGCGAAGCCUCUUUUAAUAAAAAAAUAUAAACGCAAAUGCACAAAUGCGAAUAAAGUAAAGAUUAAAUCUACAACUUUACCACUUUUUAUUACAGUGUUUUAAGUUGUGGUUCAAAAAUAAACUAUUUACAUUUGAUCAACAGAAAAUGACGACACGUUGUAACUAAGUGACACAAAUUUCUUAACCUCUAAAUUUUUAUAAAAAAAAGUAAUAAUUCUUAAUUUCAUUCGUAACACAAAAUUAAAGUAAUUUUAUUGGCAAAAUAACAUUUUCCUGGAAAACCAGUAGCGUGCGAAGAAAAUAAAUCUAACGGACAACUACCUAUAGUUAUUAAAUAACCUUUUAGCAAAAACUUUUUUUAAAUUUUGGUCAGGUUUGCUUUGAGUUGAAUAUUAAGUCCGAUAGUUUGUCAUUAAUAUGCCAGAUAAAAUAAUGUUUUUAAGAAUCACAAAAUGCUCAUCUGAAGUCACGCUAGCCUAGAACUAUUUAGACAUGUUUAAAGUGAAAAUACCUAUUUUUGUAGUUACAGGUUUUAUGUGUUUCGUUUUAAUAGAUCAGUUUGGUACUAUCAUUUAGUACACAAUCGCUUGAUUUCCUAUCAACUACUAUGGCAUAAAAAAAGCUUUCUCUUAAAGAACAGUUAAUUUUGUAUUUUGAAUUUUCUUACAUAAAUGUUCUUACGCGAUGCUGCCAUACUACCAACGAUGCCAAAAUGACUAUUGAUCGUAAGAAACUCAUUUGAACUCCAAAAUGACACAUUGAGCUGGCAGUUACCAUAUGUGUUACCAAAAAAAAAAAAAAAAUUUGCCCUCAUGUUCCCAAAUAUUUGAGCUAAUAUUUUUUAAUCUCAAGUGAUCAAAUAAAAUUUCAGUGUACAAAAAUUAAAAAGAGACAUAUUUUAUCGACUUGCUUGAACAUAUUCUAAAAAAAAAAAUUAAUAAUUAUAUCACAUCGUUAAAGUAUCCUCCAGUCAAAUUUUAAAUUAACACAUACUAUUUUUAAUCAUGGCAAGUGUUUUAUCAGCGUGCUGACUAAUCUACUGCAAUUUUAAAUUGAUAAACCUCUUAUGAGCUGCAGUGACAACAUAGCACAUUAAAGAUGAAUUAUACAUAUGCUGAUAAAAUAUGGCAAUAACCCAAUGUAAGUAAACAUUUAAAAAUGACUAUAUACUUUUAAUAGAAAACCAAAAAUAAACAAUUAG